AUGAUGAAGACGGACGUUCCCGGGGCGGCCGCAGCUGCCGCGCUGCUCCUUGUCGCGCUUCUCAUUGGCAUGACUUCCGAUCGCAAUUCACCCUGGCGGAAUUGGAGUGUUGCUGGGAGCACCUGCCUCUGCCAGCAAGGUGGUGCUGAGCGCCACAAGCGAGGCCGUGAGCGCGAGCGAGGCCGUGAGCGCGAGCGAGGCCCUGAGCACGAGCGAGGCCGUGAGCGCGAGCGAGGCCGUGAGCGCGAGCGAGGCCGUGAGCGCGAGCGAGGCCGUGAGCGCGAGCGAGGCCGUGAGCGCGAGCGAGGCCGUGAGCGCGAGCGAGGCCGUGAGCGCGAGCGAGGCCGUGAGCGCGAGCGAGGCCGUGAGCGCGAGCGAAAGCGUGAGCGCGAGCGAGGCCGUGAGCGCGAGCGAGGCCCGAGUAACGGAAUCGGAGCAUCGCUGGGAGCACCUGCCUCUGCCGGCAAGGAGGUGAUGAGCGCGGAGAGUGACGUGAACGAGGCGGUGAGCGUGGAGAACGAGUUGGUGAAAGCGGACCUCUUCGUCGGCACAGGCGUGCUCGUCGGCUCGCUCGCUCAGCCCGACCUCAUCACCUUCAAUCAGGGUAUCUGCAGCAGCAUAACCAUGCCCGGAACCGGGGAGGGGGAAGGCGGCGGCGGCAGCGGCGGCGGCAACGUGGACGCGCUUGCGUUGUGGUACUCGCCUACAGAUCCUGCAAACCGCCCUUCGUGCAACGCGCUGCAUCUGUUCACGAUGGAAUUCUGCGAGGGCAAAGCGGCAGGGAAACUCUUCAACAAUGGUGGUGGCAUGAUGAGGCACUUCAAGAUGCUCUCAUCAGUGAAGUCCGUCCGCUGCGUUAUCUGCAUGCCCUGCUGCUGCCAUGCAAUGGCUUUUCUGCUGCAAUUGAAACACUUUUCCACCCAUGCCUCUCCCCCCAUGCCUCUCCCCCCAUUCCUCUCCCCCCAUGCCUCUCCCCCCAUGCCUUUCCCCCCAUGCCUCUCCCCCCAUGCCUCUCCCCCCAUGCCUCUCCCCCCAUGCCUCUCCCCCCAUUCCUCCCCCCCCAUGCCUCUCCCCCCAUGCCUCUCCCCCCAUGCCUCUCCCCCCAUGCCUCUCCCCCCAUGCCUCUCCCCCCAUGCCUCUCCCCCCAUGCCUCUCCCCCCAUGCCUCUCCCCCCAUGCCUCUCCCCCCAUGCCUCUCCCCCCAUGCCUCUUCCCCCAUGCCUCUCCCCCCAUGCCCCUCCCCCGAUGCCCCACCCCCCAUACCUCUCCCCUCAUGAAUCUCCCCCCAUGCAUCUCCGCUGUGCAUCCCCCUGUUCUUCUCCCCCCAUGCCUGCACCAUGCCUUUCCCCCAUGCCUCUUCCCCCAUGCCUCUACCCCCCCGCAUCCACCCCUGUGCAUUUCCCCCCUUGCCUCUCCCCCCGUUCCUCUCCCCAUCCAUCCCUCUCGCCUCAUCCCUCUCCCCAUCCAUCCCUCUAGCCUCAUCCCUCUCCCCAUCCAUCCCUCUCCCCCCAUCCCUCUCCCCAUCCAUCCCUCUCCCCCCAUGCCUCUCCCCCCAUGCCUCUCCUCCCAUGCCUCUCCCCCCAUGCCUCUCCCCCCAUGCCUCUUCCCCCAUGCCUCUCCCCCCAUGCCCCUCCCCCGAUGCCCCACCCCCCAUACCUCUCCCCUCAUGAAUCUCCCCCCAUGCAUCUCCGCUGUGCAUCCCCCUGUUCUUCUCCCCCCAUGCCUGCACCAUGCCUUUCCCCCAUGCCUCUUCCCCCAUGCCUCUACCCCCCCGCAUCCACCCCUGUGCAUUUCCCCCCUUGCCUCUCCCCCCGUUCCUCUCCCCAUCCAUCCCUCUCGCCUCAUCCCUCUCCCCAUCCAUCCCUCUAGCCUCAUCCCUCUCCCCAUCCAUCCCUCUCCCCCCAUCCCUCUCCCCAUCCAUCCCUCUCCCCCCAUGCCUCUCCCCCCAUGCCUCUCCCCCCAUGCCUCUCCCCCCAUGCCUCUCCCCCCAUGCCUCUCCCCCCAUGCCUCUCCCCCCAUGCCUCUCCCCCCAUGCCUCUUCCCCCAUGCCUCUCCCCCCAUGCCCCUCCCCCGAUGCCCCACCCCCCAUGCCUCUCCCCUCAUGAAUCUCCCCCCAUGCAUCUCCGCUGUGCCCCCCCCUGUUCUUCUCCCCCCAUGCCUGCACCAUGCCUUUCCCCCAUGCCUCUUCCCCCAUGCCUCUACCCCCCCGCAUCCACCCCUGUGCAUAUCCCCCCUUGCCUCUCCCCCCGUUCCUCUCCCCAUCCAUCCCUCUCGCCUCAUCCCUCUCCCCAUCCAUCCCUCUAGCCUCAUCCCUCUCCCCAUCCAUCCCUCUCCCCAUCCAUCCCUCUCCCCCCAUGCCUCUCCCCCCAUGCCUCUCUCCCCAUGCCUCUCCCCCCAUCCCUCUCGGUGUGAACCAGACAACAUCUGCCAGCGGGCCACGUGCCAGGCACACUCCAAUCAUUGGUUCUCGCCUUGUCUACUGCGGAGUCCCUCCACUGCCACUGCUAUGUUGGGAACCCUUGAGAAGCCUCUCUUUCCUCUCCCCCUCCUCUCGACCCUCUCAUGUCUCCCCUCUCCCUCCUGUCUAUCUUCUGCCUCUAUCCAUCUGCAUGCCUCAUCUAUCUUGUUGUCUGCUGCAGCCCUUUCCUGA